CUACAUUCCGUCGCGGAAAACUAGAUCUUAAAUCGGUCUCCUUCCCUUUCACCAGACAGAAAGAUCGAAGAGCAGAGGAGAAGUCGUCCAAGUCGCCGUCCCCCAAGUCGCCUUUCGCCGCUGCUCGUAGCCCUCUUCUCCGCUGGUUGCCGUCUCCUUCCCUUCCGUUCGCCGUCUCUCCAUCUUCAAAUCUCAGAAUGAGUGACUUUCACGAAAAUCGAGAUUGGAUGUAUAAAAGACUUGAUAGCUCAGGUUUUAUAAAUACAGAUUGGGUUGACAAAGUUAGACAAUUCAUUGAGUUCUGUGAGUCAAAUCCAAAAGUAGACAGAUUCAACGGGCAGAUGCGUUGUCCUUGUAAGAUUUGUAAGAAUAAAUAUUUUAAAGAUAUCGAGGACAUUAAGCUUCAUGUACUGAGACAAGGUUUCACUCCCAAAUAUCUUGAUUGGGUUUGCCACGGGGAGGAACAUGGUGAUUAUACGAGCCAUCAUCGGCGCCGUAAAUCUGCUCGUACCUUUGUUGAAACCGAAAGGGCAGAAUACAUGAAUAUGGUGAUUGAUGCUGCGGGGCCUUCCUUUAAUCCUAACGUUCCAGUUGAGGAGGAACCAAAUGCUAGUGACAAAUUUUUUUUUGACAUGCUAUAAGCCGCUGAUACUGACUUAUGGAAAGGUUGCACUAAAAUGUCCCAACUCUCGAUGGUUGCAAGAUUACUCAAUAUUAAGGCAGAGCACAAUUUGUCUGAGAGGUGUUACGACACUAUUUGCCAACUGUUCAAAGACGGACUUCCAGAGGACAAUUCAAUGGUUUCAGAUUUAUAUGAGACAAAAAAACUCAUUGAAGAUACCUAAAUUGUUUGAAGCGAAUGGUAAAAAACAAAGCAAGGGUAGAAGGAUCUAUUGCUAAUGCGUAUAUUGUGAGAGAAGCAUCUCAUUUUUGUUCGCAUUACUUUGAAGAUCAUGUUUACACUCGACUACACAGUGUACCGCGUAAUGAUGAAGGAGAUGUUCCUGCAGCCAUCGAAAGCAACCUAAGCAUUUUCCAAAGCGCAGGACGCUUAAGCGGUAAGACGAAAAAGCGAAGGCGUUCUGAUGAUGAGUUAAAGGCGCUGCAUCAUUACCUUAUGCUAAAUAGUGUCGAGAUUGAACCAUUCAUUGAGAAAUAUGUCGAUUCAUUACGUGACUCAAAUCCUGACAUUACUGAUGAGGCUUUACUGUUGCAAAUGGAAGAAAGUUUUGCAUCAUGGUUUGAAAAACAUGCUUGGGAAAUUGUUGAUACACCGCAAGUUAUUCGUGAUGUAUCAAGGGGACCUCUACCCGUCGUCAGCACAUAUCCAAUUUGUUAUGUCAAUGGUUAUCGCUUUCACACUGAGACUCACGGUGCCAAACGUGCCACGUUUAACAACGGUGUGUCUAUUGUUGGAGAGCAUUGUUCUUACUAUGGUCGUGUAGAAGAAAUUAUCGAGGUUGAGUAUCCUGCUUUACCAAUAAAGCGUUGUGUUGUAUUCAAAUGCAAGUGGUAUGAUCCACGACCCAGAGUUGGAACCAGAGUGCACGACAAAUAUGACUUGGUUGAGGUUUUAAAAGGUGGGAUAUUUCGCAAAUAUGAACCAUUCAUCCUUGCAACACAAGCUAAGCAGGUGGCCUACAUAGAGUAUCCUGGAGUAGCUAGUAGGGCAAAAGGAGAAUGGUUAGCUGUUUGUGAUGUAAAACCACGUGGCUGGGUUGAAACCACAUCUGAAACACAAAAGCUCAAGAGUACUGACGAUUUUGCGUACCAAGAAGACGCAAGAGUGGCAGUCGAAAUUGUUGAAGUUGAACCGCACGAGGAAGCUCCACUACUUGCAGAAGUUCCACAGUUAAUUGAUCUCGAUGAUAGUGAGGACGAAGAAAGUUAUGAUGUUGAGAUAUUAAUUACUACUGAUGAGAGCUCUAGCGAAAAUGUGUUCAUGUCCGAUGAUGAAUUAUCAUAAAAUAGACUUUAAUACAAAAG